CCUCCAGCCUCUGCAGCCUCUCCAGGCCCCGAACUUUUCUCCAGUCGGCUCUACAGACCAAGCUCAUGACUCACAAUGGUCUAUUUAGGCCUGUACCCUACCUCACGGCAGUCUCCACAGAUAAGGCUACUGCCUCACAACAGCCUCCACAGGCCCAGCUCCAUCGCUACCACGGCUCCUUUAGAGCCAGCUCCUGCCUCCCAGUCUUCUCCAGGCCCAACUGCUGCCCCCAGGCCCACUCCUUUGCCUCACGGACAUGUUCCCCAAACAAGCUCCUACCUGCCUCCCGGCCAGCUCGACAGGCCCAGAUCCUGCCUCACACUAACCUCGUUAGGCCCAGCUCAUGCCUCACUGUGGCCUGUCGAGGCCCAGGUCCUGCCCCCAACAGGCUGCUGUCCGUGCCCGAACUUCCUCAACAUCUCCAGGCCCAGAACUUCCUCAAGUGGGCCUCUCCAGGCCUUCCUCAAGUGGGCCUCUCCAGGCUCAGCUCUUCCUCCCGGCUGCAUCUCCAGGCCCAUCUCCUACGUCACAACAACCUCUUUCAGCUCAGCUCUUGCCCAGCUCCUGGCAGCCUUUAUAGGCCCAAAGCUUUCUCACAUCACGUUCUCUAGCACAACCUUCCUCCCAGCAGCUUAAAUAGGUCCAGCUCCUGCGUGACCAUGGCCUCUCCAGGCUCAGCUCUUGCUUAACGGAGUCCGUCCUCGGCCAAGUUCCUGCCUGUCUCCCAGCAGGCUCGAAAGGCCCAGCUCCUGCCCCCGACAGUCUCUCCAGGCCAAAAUCUUCCUCAGGUCGGCCUCUACAGGCUGGUCUCUUGCCUCACACUGGCCUCUCCAGGCCUAGCUCCUGCAUCUUGGCAGCCUCUCCAGGCCCAGCUCUUGCCUCAUGGCAGCUGCCCCAGGCCAAGUUUCUGACUGCCUGCCAGCAGCCUCAACA